UUAAACACAUUGAACACAUGUGAUCACWACAGCAACAAUACAUCAACAAAAAAAUUUGCGGUCAAAUCACACGCACACACAGUGUCUGUAUAUAUCCUAUACUAUUUUGCAUCAGAUUUUUUUGUAGUAUACCAUCGAUGCUGAUGAUGACGAUGUCGAUGAUGAUGACCGAUGAAGAUAAAGUUUGCGAAGAUAUAUUAAACGGAUUCGGAACGUAUGUCAUGGAAUUGAAACGACUAAUCAAUGGAUUAAGAGUUAGAAACAAACAGUUGACGGAUGAAAAUGAAGAACURAAGAAAGAAAAGGCGACUUUGAUUGAGAAGUUAGACUCAUUGGACGUCGUCGACGACGACAACAACAACAACAACAAUGACAAUCAUCAGCGCCGGCUAACUGAUGGUGACAACAAACAACAGACGCCGUCGUCUUCUUCAUCGUCGGUGGCGAUGACUAAAGUAGUAGAAGAUGUGCGUCAAGAAAAUCAUCUAUUGGUUCAACAGAUGCAACRAUUGGUYGACGAAGUGACCAAAGUGUUGAACAAUCAUCAAAAUAAUAAUAAUACGACAGUCAUUAUACCGCAGUCGCCGCAAUCACCGCCGAUGAUGACCACUAGUCAAAGGCCAACCAAUCUGAUGGGUUAUAAUGGACUCUGGAUUUGUAACAUUUCAACAGUGGUUUCAAUGGAUAAAUUCAAACAGAUUUUCAGAAAAUAUGGAUACUUAGCGGCAAUCUAUAGGGUUAUCGAUAAAAACAUACUGUUUGUCAGCUACGACAACAGUCAGUCGCCAAUUGAUGCCAUCGUUGAUCUAGUAGUGAAUGAACAACAAUAUCGUUAUCUGAAUUGUUUAAGGGAUACGACAAUGCCGUUGAAAAUAAGAUUUGCAUUGAGUUGGUCUCAGAUGAAGAACAAAGAACAGCUGUCGAUGGAAAUGGCAAAAACAAUUGUCGAGACGACAAGCGACGAGUGUUUUCAUUGGCGACUAUCCAAAGGCUGUCAACUUGGUAUCGAUGGCUGUCUACGCAAACAUAUACCGAUAAAUAAGGCCAUCGACUCUCAGCCAUGGAGUAGUGGUGGUGUUUGGCAAGGAUUACAGACAAAACUGAAGACAUGCGAUGAGGAGAUCAAGAAGAAGAAAGCAAACGAUAGUUAA